GUUUAAGAGCAUUAAUCUAACAAGUUCACUGGUGUUCAUGAAUAAGUUGUAAUUGAAACUACAAGCACUAGGUCUGAGUAGGGGUGUAAAGGCGGUGCUUUUUGCAGUGCAAUUUUGAAAAGGGGAACAAAGAACAUUUCAUUUGAUUGACAAAAACAUUUCAGUGACUUCGACUCUUCGAAGCUUAGAUUCACACAGCCAAGGACAACUUGAUGUUCUGCGUUCACUAUGUUUACCCAUAGGCUUAUAUUCGUGGCUCUGUUGGCAGAGUGGCUUUGCCCUGUAGCCACUCAAGACACAUGUCGUGCAGGGACACCUGGACUGCCAGGUAUUCCUGGAAUUCCUGGACAUGAUGGCCGGGAUGGUGAGAAGGGGGAAAAAGGCGAGGCAGGGCGUACAUGGGAACUGGUGAAUAAAGGGAUCAAAGGGCAGAAGGGGGAUCCUGGCAUCAAAGGUGCUCAGGGAAAGAGGGGUAGCCCUGGCAUUUCUGGCCCACCGGGACCACAGGGUCCACCUGGGGACGAAGGAGAUCCAAGCGAAUCCAAACCAGUAUCUGCUUUCUGUGUAUCUCGUGAAACCACAGCACAUCCAGCAUCUGAUACCCCAAUCAUCUUCCCAACAGUCAUCACCAAUGUCAAUGGGCACUUUAAUGUUGAUGAGGGUAAAUUUGUGUGUCAAAUCUCUGGUACCUACUAUUUUGUAUACCAUGCAACUUCUUUUAAAAGGACACUUUGUGUUAAUCUCAUAGUGGAUGGAGAGAAAAAGGCUAACUUCUGUGACCACAGUCAAGAUGAGUUCAAUGUGAGUUCAGGGGGAUUUGCUGUGUACCUGUCGCAUAAUAGUGAAGUUUGGUUGCAGACUAAUGAUAGGGUAAAUGGCAUGUACGCAGCUGGAGAUAAAGGCAACAGUAUCUUCUCUGGGUUCCUGAUUAGUGCACACGAAGAAUCCAUUCUGGUGGGAAAUGAUUAUUUUUUGUCUCUGGCACUUGAGGUUGUCACCAAUUUUUCAAGCACGGUGCAAACGUUUCUUGAAACAAUGGUAUCCUUGUCAGUGUAUGCCCUUCUACCUGUCAGUGUUUUGCUGUGGGUUGUGACCCCCUCUGUCUCAGACAAAUGUGAUGGGUACCACGGUGUUCCAGGCAUCCCAGGAACUCCUGGUAUCAAUGGAAAUAAUGGGCCAAAGGGGGGAAAAGGAGAUCCUGGUGAAGACACACAGCCGGUGAAGGGAGCCAAGGGUGACCUGGGUGGUCCUGGACGCCCCGGAAGAUCUGGCAUCAAGGGGGAUAAAGGGGAACCUGGUGCACCAGGACCAAAGGGUCCAAAGGGUCCUAAGGGACCUUUUCAGCUUACUUCAAAUAUUAAGACUUCAUUUUUUGCUAAUAAAAGAAGUCCAUCUUCCAGACCAGCAGUACCCCCAAAUAAAAUCAUUGAAUUUGAGGACGCGACCUCUCUUGAGAAGGCUGGUGAGAAACUGAGCGAUGGUAUUUUCACAGCCGAACAGCCAGGUGUUUAUUUCUUUGUGUACCAUGUUUCUGCACAGCAGAGCGCUUGCCUGUGUAUUAAGAAGCAGGAGACAGUGGUGUUGAACUUAUGUGAUUUUUCUCAAGGAGUGCUGCUGACCUCUGGGUCUGUGGUCCUGAACCUGAGGCAAAGGGACACUGUGAGUCUGUACUCGUGCACUAGAUUAAGUUACAUCAUCAGUAGAGAUGCUGAUAGCACGUUCACUGGCUUCCUGCUAUUCCCUUCAUAAAUAUCUAGAUAAAUAAAGCAGUUUCAGUGUCUCACCUGAUUAAUCUCUUUUCAGACAUCUCCAUGAUUUCAGAUGAUUAUUUCUGGGUUCUCUUUUUUUUCUUCCAGUAUCUUAUCAAAUAACUUUUUUUUUUUUUAAUCAUGAACAAAUGUAAUAGAAAUGUUGUGAACAUACCUAUGUAAUCACAUGACUGGCAAUUUAAUGCAGAUGAAAAUAAAACUGAAAUAAAUGAAAAUACAAUGUAAAACCCUCAA